CCACGGAGACACGCCCCUCGCCUCCCCGUAGAGCACGGACUCGCCCGGGCUCCCAGGCUCCGCCCACCCCGCUGGGAGCCUGGCUCGCUCUCCUGCCCCUGCACUCAAGACCCAGCGGAGCCUGGUGAAGGGCUGCAGCCUUCAUGGGCGGCGAGCGGGAUGCAGGCUAGCACGCCGGGGUCCGCGCACACGCGCUGCCCAAAAGACCCCCCGAAGCUGAGCGCGGGCUGGGAGUGCGGCCGGAAGAAGCGGCGUGGCGUCCCUGACAAGGGUCCGGGCUUGCAAGGUAGGGAGUAGGCAGAGGGCCAGGCAAAGUUGAUCGGAGCGAGGAGGUGGUUGGCCCGUGCCCUCUCGCCUCUGGGAACCGCGGAGCGACUUGGACUUGACCCCGCCGCGCCCUAGGCGCUCUGAGCAGCGCCUAUCUGCCGCCGCGCGCGGGAGCGCACUUGCAAACUUGGUGGAGGUGCCCUGCGCGUCCUGUUGUGUAACCUCCGCGCCGCCAGCUGGACCGGGAAGUUGCUCGCCCGUCCUUCAGCUUGGUUCAGUCGCAGCCCGCGGCGAAUUUCAUGGCCCGCGACGAACGCUCGGCCAGAGGCGGCGUGGGCGAGCCCCCGCGCGCUCCGACCCGUGGGGAGCUCUCGCGCGCGGUCCCUUCCCCUCGCCCGCGCCUCCGAUGCGCGCUGAGCCUCUCGCCGCUGCCGCCCGCUCGCUGCGGUCUGCCCUUCCUAGUUGCUGCCUAGAGUUGGAGAGAAGAGGAUGACCGAGGUGCCUUGGCCGACUGUCCCCAACGGGACGGACCCAGCCUUCCUGGCUAGCCUGGGCUCGCCCUGGGGAAACAGUACUGUCGCCGCCACUGCAGCGGUUUCCUCUUCAUUCCGAUGUGCCCUAACCAAGACCGGCUUCCAGUUUUACUACCUGCCGGCCGUCUACAUCUUAGUGUUCAUCAUCGGCUUCCUUGGCAACAGCGUGGCUAUCUGGAUGUUCGUUUUCCACAUGAAGCCUUGGAGCGGCAUCUCCGUGUACAUGUUCAACUUGGCUCUGGCUGACUUUUUGUACGUGCUCACCCUGCCCGCCCUCAUCUUCUACUACUUCAAUAAGACUGACUGGAUCUUCGGAGAUGCUAUGUGCAAGCUGCAGAGAUUCAUCUUCCAUGUGAACCUCUAUGGUAGCAUCUUGUUCCUCACCUGCAUCAGCGCGCACAGGUACAGCGGCGUGGUGUACCCGCUCAAAUCUCUGGGCAGACUCAAGAAGAAGAAUGCCGUCUAUGUCAGCAUGCUGGUGUGGCUCAUUGUAGUGCUGGCCAUCUCCCCCAUUCUCUUCUACUCUGGCACUGGGAUUCGGAAGAACAAAACCGUCACCUGCUAUGACACCACCUCUGAUGACUACCUGAGAAGUUAUUUCAUCUAUAGUAUGUGCACAACAGUGGCCAUGUUCUGUGUCCCCUUGGUGCUGAUCUUGGGCUGUUAUGGAUUAAUUGUUAGAGCUCUGAUUUACAAAGACCUGGACAACUCUCCUCUCAGAAGGAAAUCCAUUUACCUGGUAAUAAUUGUCCUGACGGUGUUUGCUGUGUCUUACAUCCCUUUCCAUGUGAUGAAAACGAUGAAUUUGCGGGCACGGCUGGAUUUCCAGACCCCAGAAAUGUGUCAUUUCAACGAUAGGGUUUAUGCCACUUAUCAGGUGACAAGGGGUCUAGCGAGCCUCAACAGUUGUGUGGACCCCAUUCUUUAUUUCUUGGCUGGAGAUACGUUCAGAAGGAGACUGUCCCGAGCAACCAGGAAAGCUUCCAGGAGGAGUGAGGCCAAUUUACAAUCCAAGAGUGAAGAAAUGACUCUCAAUAUUUUAUCUGAGUUCAAGCAGAAUGGAGAUACAAGUUUGUGAAGGCACAAGACCCAAACUCCUCAUUUUUGUAACAUGGUCAAAAGAAGUUCCUGAGAUGACCUAUGCAUGCACAGGGCAGGAUGAAGCAACACUCUGUUGGCCAAAAGACCCAAUUUGUGCCACCUGAUAUGAGUAAGCAUUUCCACAGUAAAGACAGAUCUGUUGACAUUUGCGGGAAAGACACCUAAAAUUGUAAGAUUUAGCAAGUUACUAAAUGUCACACUACAGAAGUGUUUCAUUCCAAGUUCAAGGGUUGUUUUUUGUAAUUUUUUUUGUUGUUGUCAUUCCUUACAAAGUACUGUCUUUGACUCUUUGAAAGUUGCUUUGAACUUAUAUUGAAAUAAAAUGAUAAAUUAAGGAGAAACGGCACACAAGACAGAAUUGAAAAUUAAAACCAUAAUGUGGCCAUUGAGAAGACACUUAAAGCCCAUUCUUCAUGAACAGAAAGGGGACGGCACAACCAUUUGUGGAUGCCAUAGGUGCUGUGGUAAAUCUUGAAAAGCAGACAGUGAGAAGCAUUUAGAAUCUGCUUUUGUGCUCAUUUUUCAACCACUGUGCUACGGACAGGCUGAGACCUGUAAAUAUGUGCUUACUCAGCCAGGACACUAGCCCAUCUUGAUAUGACAAAUAUCAGUACUAAGCAGCUAGGAUUCAACUAGUUACAAGAAUUGGAAGACGUGAUACUAGUAAAUAUAUAUAUAUAUAUAUAUAUAUAUAUAUAUAUAUAUAUACUGAAGCUUUUCUUUUGUUGGCUGAAUGUAAUUAUUGUAAUAGUAUUUAUUGAUGAAGCCCAUAGCCUUCAGUUGUACAGAUUAUAAAAAAUUCUUUGAAGAGACAACAUAUGGAUGUAAAUUCUAUUUAUUGCAAUGUAUGAUAUUCAAAUGUUGUCACACUGGCAUAUUUUAUAGGAAUAGCUAAUUCUAGAUAAAAUAAGAACCAUAUUUAAGAUGUUUUUUUCAAAUGUUAGUACCUUUGAACUCUAAGACCAGUUUGUAUUUGGAUCUGAAAAAGAUGAAAAUCUGUCUGAGAAGUGUUUAAUUUUCCCUAGAUUUGGGUUUGCAUGCUUUCCUUUUGUUUAGGGUGCUUGUUACACAGACAUGAUUUGGUCUUAAUUUACUUACUAUAAGAUUCAUAGCAAGUAUAGGAUAUUUUAGACAGUGUAUGUAUAGUGUACAUUAUAUGUAUGUGUGUAUAUAUAUAUAUAUAUAUAUAUAUAUAUGAAAGUUUGUGCUGUCUUUCCAGAAAGUUUAGAAUAUUGCCGUAACUAUGGUCACAGCUUCCACUGCCAAAGGCUAAAGGCUUGUCUCCUAUUCAAAUUUGAUGAUUUAGAAGUGUAGUGAGUUAGACAUUAUGGAUAUAUGUGAGAAUUUAAAGACAAACUUCAGUGAAACGGGGAGAAAAGCGCAGCUGAUAGUUUUCUGCUGGGUCUUGAAGCUUUGUAUUUUUUUCUUAAGGUAUCAUAGUACAAUCUUAACUUCUUCAAGGUGGGGUUCUUAAGUAACACUGCCAGCAAGUGGAGCAUUGCUAUAAAGUUCAAUCUGUUUUGUUCAUGCAGCUGGUAACUUUAAUGCCAACAUUUUUAGUGAUAACUAUUUCAUUUGGCUGCUAAGUUCUGUCACAUUUUUUUAAAUGAAGGUGAAUUUAUGUUAGCAAAAUUUGUGCAUUUGAGUUAUGUUGUUUUAGUGCUUUUACAAGAAAAUGUUUAUUUUUAUACUAUCUGUGGUUUUCAUGUAGUCAUUGAAGCAGAUUUCUUUGUGGUUGACAGUGCUAUUGAGUGGUAUGGAACAGUGUUACCUGGUGUUUUGCGACUCUCAGGUUUAUCUCCUCAGUGGUAGCUUAACAAACUCUGGAUUGAUUGUGUAUAAUUGUCUUUGUAUUAAAGAAGAAGCACACACCUUGGAAAAGCACAGUAUUGUUUGACUGCAGGGGUGUGCAGUCCUGUUUCUGUGCUUUUGUGCAUGCGUGCAUAUGUGUGUGCAUGUGCGUAGGUAUGUGCGCUCAUGUAUUCGUGUGUGUGUGUGUGUGUGUGUGUGUGUGUGUAAAAGGCAUGGCAGCCAACCUUGUAUCUGCUAUUUAUAAUAACAACAAAGCUUCAUAACUGUGGUCAUCAGAAUUGUACUUAUCAUAGACAAUUAAAACUGAGAAAGAGUCAAUAAAAACUAUGAAACAUGGUGAUGGUGUUUGUAUUAUUGACACUGUUCUUGCUCAAAAGAUUCCUCACAUUGUAACAUAUUAUGAUAACUGAGUGGAAAAUGCUGCAGGACGCAUUGUUUUAAUUUGGGUAAUUUCUUAAAAUGACAACUGGGCUAUAACAAUUUAUAGUGAAGGAAAUCCUGAUGCAACGUAAUCCCUACUACUGUUAUUAUUUGAUGUAUAAUUACAAAUGAAGUUAUAAUAUA